AUGGACAACAAGCGAAGAAUCGCGCAGACGCUGUUCCGGCAGAAGGCGGCCGAGCGCGGGAGCGCGGCCGCGGCUCGCCCCGCGAAGCGCGCGCGCGCGGACGCGCCCGUCGCGGCCGCGGCGGCGUCCUCCGCGAUGGCGCCCCCGCCCGCGCGCGCGGCCGCGGCCGGGGGCCCGCCCGCGGGGUUCUUCGACGGCGACGCGCCCGCGGCGGCGGCUCCGAAAGCGCCCCCGCCGGGCUUCUUCGACGACGCCGCCGCCGCCGCCGCCGCGUCGCCGGCGUCGGCGAAGCGACCGUCGAUCCCGCCGCCGUCCGUCGCGGAUCACGACGCGGAGACGACGAAGCGCGCGGUCCUCGACCUCUCGCGCGACGGCCUGGACGGCGACGUCGACGUCAAAGCCGCCUAUAACGCGGAGCUCGCCGCGGAGGAAGCCGCGAUGAAAGCGGCGGCGGCGGCGACGGACGAGAAGACGAAGACGCCGGGGGCCGGGGCGGUGCCGCGAGGGUUCUUCGACGACGCGGCGAAGGACGCGAGGGCGCGCGGGGAGGCGCGGGGGAAGAAAAAAACCGCGGAGGAGACGAUGGCGGAGUUCGAAGCCUCCGUCGCGGAGGACGUGGACGAGGUGGACGACAGAGAGGCGGAGGAGGCGGAGGAGGCCGCGAUCGAGCGCGCGAGGGAGGAGGCGAUGUUGUACAAGGAGAAGCUGGACGAACUCGAUCGGUUGCGGGAGGCGGCGGAGGCGGCGAAAAAGCAGAGGGAGGAAAACGCGGCGGCGGCGGCGGCGGCGGCGGCGGCGAAGGGCGACGCGUCCGAUUCCGACUCGGACCUGAGCGACGUCGACCCGAUGGAGCUGCUGGAUUGGAAGCGGAAGUCGAUAAUGUAG